AUGUCACAACUCACUUCGUCUUCCUCCCACCCAUCUCCCCGGGAAACCUCCCUCCAAAAUGACCCUUUGCUCGAAAUUGGCUCAAAGGUAAUCAUCGCCAACAACAAAAUUGGCAUCCUCAGAUACAUUGGUCAAGUUGCCAACAAACCAGGCAUUUUUGCUGGUGUAGAACUACUCAAUUCUUUGGGCAAAAACAAUGGUGAUUUCCAAAAUGUUUCCUACUUUACUGUCUCAAAACCAAACACUGGUUUGUUUCUUUCUUAUGAAAAAUUAGUAGCUAUCAACCACGCUUCAAAUCCCACUUCAUCACAAUUAAAUCGGCAUGCUUCCUUGACCAGCGCUUCGACUAAUACCAAUACUAACCAUAAUUCCAUCGCAAACUUAUCAAGAGCACAAUCUUCUUUAGCGCCAACAAGCGCUUCCACUUUAAGAUCCUCAAUCAAAUCUUCAACCCAUAACUCCAUCCCAAAUUCAAUCUCAAAAAACCCCAUUCUCUUCUCUCCUAAAAAGAAACCCUCCUUCUCUUCCACAAAUCCAAUUCCAAACACAAUUCCAAUUCCAAUUCCAAUUCCAAUUCCAACUAAUGACUCCCUCAAAAAACUAAGAGCCCAAACAAACUCCGAAAAUUCCUCAAGAAUAAAAUCAAUCUCAAACUUGCAAUCCUCUCCAAAGAGAUCCUUAUCCUUAUCACACCAAAUCAAUAAAAACAACACCCAGUCCACUUCCAAUAGCAACAAUAUCCAAUUCAAAAACUCUUUUUCAAAUUUAAACCACUUUCAAAGAAACUCUUCCUCCUUAAAAUACCAACCUCAGAAAUCUCUCCUCUCCCACUCCUCCUCCUCUUCAAAUGAUACCGACAUUGAAAACCAAAUCAGAAUCCUAACUUCCCAAAAACUAACUCUCGAACACGAAAAAUUAUCUCUAUCCUCCCAAUUAUCAAACUAUAAAAUCCAACUAGACCUGAAAAUAGAUCAACUAAACGAUCUCCAACUGCAACUACUAGAAAUAAAACCAAAAUUAGAUACCGCAGAAAUCGAAAUAGCUCAAAGAGAGAUCAAAUUACAAAAGACAAAACAACAAGCUGAAUUACAAAGAAAUGAAUUAAGAGAUGCAAUUGCGGCUCUAGAAGACCAAGCUUCAGAAAACGCCGAAAUGUACAACAAUGAACUAAUCAGAUUGAAAAAUGAAAUUGAUCAAAAUCACCAAACUAUUAACCUACUAGAACAAAAUGUCUACGAUUUAAGAAAAAAAUUAGACUUUCUACAAUCGAAUAAUCAAUCAAAUAAUCAAUCAAAUAAUCAAUCAAAUAACCAGUCAAAUAACCAGUCAAAUAAUACAAAAAAAGCUUCAAAAUCAACAAGCACAUCUGACUUCUCAUCCUUUUCUCCAAAUUUCGAUCGCAAUCUCUUAAUCGAAGAACUCAAAAAUAAAGAAAAUCUAAUCAACGAUUUGCAAAUUCUCAUUAAACAAAAAGAAGAAAUCAUAAAAUCUUUCAACUCAGACUCUUCCUCAAUCACCCCAUCCCCUUCCCUAGACUCUAUGAUUAACCAAAUACACACCCUAAGCAUUGCCAACAUGGACUCAAGCCUUAACCCAACUGAAUCAUUAGCUUCCUCAAUCCUUGAAUCCGCCAUUGCAUCUGGCUCUCUAACUCAAUCCACAAACAAUUUUCAAAAUAACCUUCAAAACGAUCUUCAAAACGAUUAUCAAAACGAUUAUCAAAACAAUCUUCAAAACAAUCUUCAAAACAGUCUUCAAAAGGAUAGAAUCAUUGAACAAAUGAAAAAGGAUUUCGAAACUAUUAGAAACAAAACCUCCCAAUUAUCCCACGAGAUUAUUCAAAAAGAUCAAAUAAUCCAAAAUCUUUCUGACAAAAUAACUGACUUACAAAACGCAAAAGACUUAAAUGAUUCAAUCAAAAAAAAGGAAUUUGAAAUUAAAAAUUUGAAAAAAAUAGAUGAACAAUCCUUAAAACAUCAAAACAAUCAACUAACUAAAAUUAAUAAUGAAUAUAAACAAAUGCUCGAUUCAAAAAAUAAAGAAAUUAAUAACCUAAAACUCCUCCUAAAUGAUCUAGAAUUAAAAAAGAAAAAACAGAACGAUGCGAGUAAUCUCUAUCCUCAACAAAGUCAAGAAAUUAUUCAAGAAAAAAAAAUCGCUCUCCCAAACUCAAUCACCAAUUCAAUCCCCAACUCAAACAAACUAUCUGCCACAAAUAACCUCUCUGCUGCAACUGAAGAACAAAUCAGUUCAGACUCGUGGAAUUCUUCUCAAACUGACUUCAAAUCUGCAUUAUCCACAGGUUUCUCUCAAACAACUGGAAACUCUGAAAGUUCUCAAACUUCCGGAAUCUCUGAAGCUUCUGAAGCCUCUGAAGCCUCUGGCACCUCUGGAACUUCUAGAACCUCUAAAGUUUUCACAAUUUCAAACGAACAAAAAUCAAAUUUAGAAGAUAAUACCCCCGAUUUUCAAAAACUAUUAGAUGAAAAAAAUAAUGAACUACUAAAUCUACAAGAAAAGUUAAAAAUUAUUAAUAAUUUAAAACUGGAAAUUGAAACUCUAAAAUCUGAAAAUCAAUCCCUUAGCAAUAAAAAUAAAGAAAUAAACCUAUUAAGAAAAGAAUUACAUCAAUUGCAAAAUGAAAGAUCUUUGGCAGAAUCAAAGGAAAUUUCUUCUGAAUCUCCUGCAUUAAGAAGAAGAUCAAAUUCAAACCCUUCUCUAAUUUCCUCCAUAUAUUCUAUUCGUCCUCCACUGACUCCAUUACCAAUUUUACCAGAAAUUGCUGUUGGUUCUAAUAAAAUUUCAAAAUUAGAGAAAAAAUUGUCCUCAAAGGAAAAAGAAAUAACAAAAUUAAUGAAUGAAAACACUGUUUUACGUCAAAAAGAUAACGAAAUUAAUGAAUUGAAGCAGCAAAUUGCUAUGAUCGAAAAUCUUAACAAGCGUAUCGAAAAUCUUAAAUCUGACAAAGACAUCCUAACUAAACAACAGCGUGAGGUGCUCACCGAAUUUGACGAUCUUCGUUAUCGGCAUGUCGAGGUUGAAGGGUUACUUGUCAAAAAAGAUAAAGAGAUUGCUUCAUUAAAGGAUGAAGUUAAUAAGUUAAGUAAUAUUAAUUUAAAUAAUGAUAAAAUAAACAAAAAAAAUGAAAAGUCCAUUGAGAGCUUAAAGAUUGAAAAUAGAAAAAUUGAAAAUCAAUUAAACAUUAUCAAAAAGCAAAAUGCAGAUUUGUUGCAAAAAUUAGACACCUCUUCAAAAAAAAUUGAAAAAAUAAAAUUUCUUAAUAAAGAAUUACAAGACUCUAAAGAAGAAAAUCUUUUGGAAAUAGAAUUGCUCAAAGAAGAAAUCAUUGAUUUGAAAAAUAAUCAAUUCGAAGGUCAAAAUGAAAUUUCAAAUGAAUCACCUUCUCCCUCUCCAGUUAAGCAUAGAGAUGUAUUUACUCCAACUGAAGAUAUUCAUCAUGAACUAAAACCUUUGCUGCCAGUUCUUCUCGCUAAAAAAAAUAAAAAUUCAAAUGACUUGAAAAUAAACCCUUCAAAAGCUUCAGUAUCUCCUCUAUCUGAGACAGAAAAAAUGAAAGGAGAGAUUGAGGUCUUGAAAGAUGAGUUAUUAACAAGACCAACGAUUGAAGAGUUUGAGGAAAUACAAAAUGAACUUGAUUUAGUUGAGCAAUUACGCAAGGAAGAAAUGUGUCAAAAAGAUAGAGAAAUAGAAGUUUUAAAAAGUAGAUUACAUGCCAUGGAAAAUAGACGUUCAAGAAAUUCUAAUCCAAAUAGUCCCAAAUCUCCUUCUUUUAACCGUAGAUCUUUUUCAAAUUCUUAUACUCCACAAAGAGCUGACAUUAGGUGCAUUCCUCAAUCGCCUCUAUCACCUGCGGCAGUUAUCAUAGCCAGCCCUUUACCAUCAAACACUCGAAGUAUAAAUGAAUUCACCACACCAGUUUCUAAACCCACUGUUGAAGAACCCGAAAUUGAUUUAUCCAAACAAAGCAAUUUAAAUCCAUUGAAAAAUUUAAAUGAAAACGGAUUGCUAGAUGAAGAAAAAACAUCUUUUCCUGAGAUAGUAGGCGGAUUAUUGCCAAUUUAUGUUCCAAAAACACCAAGUGACCCAUCAGCAGGAAGAAAAAAAUGGUGCGGAUUUUGUGAAAAAGAUGGACAUGAUAGUUUCGAAUGUCCAUAUGAAAAUGAACUAUUUUAA